AGGACGGUUCCAAAUACUAUUGACUUAUAUCUAUAUCGCAGCCAUUUCCUCUAUAAAUAUACGCACCUCUCUCAUUACCUUCCACAGCUUCACUUUUUCUUCAAAUCAUCACCUCACUUUUCAUCACUCUCUCAAAUUUCCUAUUCAUUUAUAAAAAAUUAAGAAAAAUGGGAAGAGCUCCUUGCUGUGACAAAAAUGGACUCAAGAAAGGUCCAUGGACUGCAGAGGAAGAUCAUAAGCUCAUUUCUUAUAUUCAUCUUCACGGACCAGGCAACUGGCGUGCCCUUCCCAAGAAUGCUGGUCUUCAAAGAUGCGGUAAGAGUUGUCGUCUCCGAUGGACGAACUAUCUCCGACCUGACAUCAAGAGAGGAAGGUUCUCUUUUGAAGAGGAAGAGACUAUAAUCCAACUCCAUAGUCUCUUGGGAAACAAGUGGUCUGCUAUAGCUGCUCGUCUGCCUGGAAGAACAGAUAAUGAAAUAAAGAAUUACUGGAAUACCCACAUCAGAAAAAGGCUUCUCAAAAAUGGAAUCGAUCCGGUUACUCACGCUCCGCGUCUCGAUCAUUUCGACCUAUCCUCCAUUCUAACUUCAGCUUUGUGUAAUCCCUCACUGCUCAAUCUCUCCACCUUGUUGGCCACGCAACCAAUUCUAAAUCCACAAGUUCUAAGGCUAGCCUCUACACUACAGUCAUUAAGAGAGGAGAAUCCUGAUAUGUUUUUGCAGCAUCUUCAAGAUAACCACCUGCUUAACGGCUUGCUGGUGCAAAACCAAGCCCCGUUAUUAUCAGAAGCUGCUGCUAAUAAUCAUCAAUUUGAAAAUGCUACUCCAAGCUUUUUCAACCAAAACCAACUGGUGCAGUCCCAUGCACAAAUUCCAUCCCAAGAAAACAGUUUAAUGCAGCAAAAUUAUGUGUACGGUUCUAACAUGGAUCCUACAGUUUCCGAUGUGCUUCCCGAUGAGAGCUUAAGUUUCCAACCAGUGAACAAUGGAUACCAAAAUUAUAGCAUUGAAUCAACGCCUAUGUCGAGUCCAGCUCCUUUGAAUGAAGAUGAAAGAGAAAGCUACUGCAGCAGCUUGUUAAAGUUCGAAAUUCCGGAGAGUUUGGAUCUUGAUUACUUCUUGUAAAUAUUUUCUGUUGCAUAAUUUGAGUUGUUCAAACAUUAGUUUUGCUUAGUUUAGUUGUUGCAGCUUUCUUUUAUUUGUUUUUUUAUUACAUAUACAUAAAGAUUAUACGUCUGGUUUUUGUUUUGCUUAUUGUAAGGGAUUUGUAGUUGAUGUUCAUAUAAAUAUAAAAUUUGUUUAUUUUGUUUUA